AUUUUAUCUUCUACCAUCUAAAAAGUCGAAAUGUCUCUUGCUGGCGACGACGCAGCUUCUGACGGGGUUGUCGAAGCCCUCGCUAUCCUAGGAGAACAUCUCAUCAACACCAUCCUGGAAGGUGGCUCUGAGGAAACCAUCAAGGAAAUCAUCGACCAAGGCGCACCGGUAUGGUAUCAAAACGACAGCGAAGGCCUCUCGCCACUGCAUGCUGCCGUUUACAUGCAGAAUCAAAGUCUCGCCAAGAUGUUUCUAGAAGAGGGAGCCGUGUGGAAUGCAGUGGACCACCUAAACAACACCGCGGGAGAUAUUGCGCUUUCUUUUAAUAGCCAAGAACUAUACACGAUAAUACGAGAUGCGGGCAUCCGUGCCGAAAUGCUCCUUGCCCUUCUGGCUUCUCGGGCGACAUCAGAACUGCCCUCUAACCUGGUCCUCAGGAAUACAGAUGUCUCGGCUGCCGCUUCUACGGACAUGUUUCUGGCUUCUGAUCUGUUAUUCAAAGCCGAUGAAACCGGCCAGGAAAUUUGCGUUGUAAAAUUGGACAAUGAUGAAGAGGUUGGCGUGAUGAUGGGCUGGGAGAGGCCCAUUAUGGAAGAGACAGUUCAUUGCCUCUGUCCAGAUGGUGGACGGCAGGGAUUGAAGGUGCUCAACGUGGGCUUUGGACUGGGAAUUAUUGAUUCGCUUUUCCAAUCCCUCCCAAUCCCACCUUCCGACCAUGUCAUCAUCGAGCCCCACCCUGAUGUUCUGCAGCACAUGAAGGAACUUGGUUGGUUGGAUCGACCGGGAGUUAGAGUGCUGCAGGGCAAAUGGCAGGACUGGAUCAAUUCCGACGAACUCUUGGAAUACGGGGGAUUCGAUGUGAUAUACACGGACACCUUUUCAGAAGACUACUCAGAUCUUCGCCGCUUUUUUGAGCACCUUCCAGAUCUACUCUCAGGACCCAGUGCCCUGUUCGGUUUUUUCAAUGGACUUGGCGCCACUAAUCCUCUCUUUUAUGAUGUAUAUACACAUGUAUCUGAGUUGCACUUGGCUGAUGUGGGCAUUGAUGUGGAGUGGAAGGAUGUUGACGUUAGCGAUGGCAAGGAUCGAUGGGGAAAGACUCGCCAGUAUUUCAGUCUACCUCUGUACCGGUUACCGGUGGGCAGAAUGGGAGUACUGUGUUAGACUAUACUAGCAGGAGAUAUAUCCACCCCAAAACCUAGUGAAGGUCAAAUGACAAUAGAUUUAUAAAUUAACA